AGCGCCCCCGGCCUAGGUUUUGGAGGCGCGGGAAUGCGUUCGUGGCUCAGUGUCGGACUUCCCCCUAUUUCCAUCCGCCAAGGCUGUCACUUUACGCUCAUAACCGUUUUCUUUACUGCACGCUGUGUCGGGGGAAAGGGACUUGCUUGGCACCCCAGACCUCCCCGUCUCCGCUUCCACGUUUGGUACAUCCUGCCUCAGGCCGGAAGCCGCGGCUGAGGGGCGGCCUCUCGUAAGGUGUGGUGGCCUGCGAGGCUCAUUUCUAGCAAGGAACAAUAUUUUCCCGCUUUGACCUUACAAAUACAUGUUUACAAAGCUAUAAUGUAUAGAAAUGGAUAAGACAUGUCCCUGUCCCGGGAAACGCAGGCACUGCGUGUCUGGAAAGACAUACAUCUGGGCUGUUUGACAGGCUCCCUAGUUGGUGCCAUGCUCUGUGCUUAGGGAACUAUGAGAUCCCCGGUGGGUACCGGGACCGCGCUCAGCCUAAGGUUUGGAGGCGGCCUCCUACAGGAAGCGACUUGAGACCUAAGAUUUGUAGACUGACUAUGGGUUCGCUGGAAUAAAAAGGAAGAAACAAACAGCAUUGCAGGCAUCGGGACUGUCACAUGUAUUUGAUAAGAUCAAAGCUGCAGGAAAAUGGACAGUGAGGUUCAGAGAGAUGGAAGGAUCUUGGAUUUGAUUGAUGAUGCUUGGCGAGAAGACAAGCUGCCUUAUGAGGAUGUCGCAAUACCACUGAAUGAGCUUCCUGAACCUGAACAAGACAAUGGUGGCACCACAGAAUCUGUCAAAGAACAAGAAAUGAAGUGGACAGACUUAGCCUUACAGUACCUCCAUGAGAAUGUUCCCCCCAUUGGAAACUGACACUUGGCUCCUUUCUUGUAUAUGGAUUUUGUAAAAGCACACAGAUAAAGCAUGUUUUGUUUCAGUCUCCUAAAUCAAAUCUUUGAGUAAUAAAUCAGCACUCAAAAAUGUAUACCCAUUUAGUUUGUGGUAGCAAAGUGCGAUGUGAAAAUGUUCACCAGAAUGAGAAACUGAGAUUUCUCAGUAAUGGUGAAUAUUUGGCUCUUUAAACCUAAAACUCUUCAUUGAGUAGCUUGUAUUUGAACAAGACUGGUUAAACAUUUGCCUUUACUUCUGAUUUUGCUUUACUGUCAAAGUUUAACACCUUCCAACUACUCAUGUGUGUCCUGUAACACAUGGGAUUGAAUGUAUGAGAGGGAAAGGCAAAGGAAAAAGGAAGCCAGAUACUGGGAGAAUUACUAACUUCUCAUACUUCCCCACAUUGAGAAGCAUUCGGAGUGUAUUUAGCCUGUAGGUGUUGUGAUAUGCAAAUAUUCCAUUCCCUGGUUACUGGCAUUCCUAAGAUUCUUCAUGGUAUUUUCAAACUUUGGAUAAAUUUACAGAUUAGAAAGAUAUCUGACAGUUACCUCUGUUCUCCCUACAACUUCCUUUUGUGCUGCUGGAAAGGAUCUUUGGCUAGGUGGACCAUUAGUUUUAUUCAGUAGUGGCAUUUCUUAUUUUCUCAAAGCCCUUUCAGUUAUAACCACCCCACUAUGGAAUCAGUAUUUAGUUACACAUUUGUAUAAGAACCUGUAUUUUGAAAAACACAUUUGUGUAUAUUUCCUGGAAUUAUUUGCCUGUUAAACAGUGUAUUUCGUGUGCUCUCCCCAGAUUGUAAACGCUGUAAGAAGCAGCCCUGGCUGCCUGUAUCUGUAUCCCUUGUUGAAACUCUGAAAACACUGAAUAACUAAAAUCUCUUCUCAUCCUUUU